AUGGAUGCUAUGACAAGAGCCCUCUUUGAACAACAUAACAGCGUUGCAUCUGAGCGUCAACCUUUUUCAGCAGGUUCUCAGGGCAGUAUGGUUGACCAAUCGUCAAUAGUGUGGGUUCCAGACGAUGAUAAAGUAUUUGUUCAAGGUGAAUUAAUUGAUGAGAAAGUAAUUAAAGAUAAGAGUAAUAGAGAAAAACCUAUUAGCAUAGUUAGAAUUGCAGGUCAUGAGAAACAGUUUGCACAAGUUGAUGUUUGCCCGGUAAAUCCAUCAACUUUUGAUAAAGUUGACGACAUGUCGGAGUUGACCCAUUUAAACGAACCAUCAGUCCUUUACAAUUUGGAAAAUAGAUAUCAAGAUGAUUCGAUCUACACAUAUUCUGGACUUUUCCUCGUUGCAAUCAAUCCUUACAAUAAUGUAAGGAUAUAUACCCAAGAAUACAUGAAUCUCUAUCAUGGUUCACCAAAGGAGGAUAAUAAGCCACAUAUUUUUGCCCUUGCGGAGGAGGCGUAUCAAAGACUAUUAUCGGUAAAGCAAGACCAAUCGGUAUUAGUUACAGGAGAAUCAGGUGCAGGUAAAACUGAAAAUACAAAACGUAUAUUACAAUAUCUGGCGUCAAUUACUUCUGAGGAUAAACUUUUGUCGACGAAGCAAGAAAGUUUCGAAAGGAAAAUCUUAGAGAGUAAUCCGAUUUUAGAAUCGUUUGGUAAUUCUCAAACUGUAAGGAAUAAUAACUCCUCCAGAUUCGGUAAAUUUAUUAAAAUCGAAUUUGAUGAAAGAGGUAAAAUCAAUGGUGCUCACAUUGAAUGGUAUCUUUUGGAGAAAUCAAGAAUUAUUAAUCAACAUCCGUUGGAAAGAAAUUAUCACAUUUUUUAUCAAUUGUUACAAGGUCUUUCAUCUCAAGAGUUGAGAAAAUUAGAAAUAAACUCAAAGUCAAUCAAGGAUUACCGUUUCCUGAGCAAUUCAAAUCCCUCUAUUCCUGGUGUUGAUGAUGCAAAGGAUUUCCAAGAACUAUCAUCUGCAUUUAAAAUCAUGGGGUUUGCCGAUGAUGAAGUCAAUCAUGUUUUUCAAAUAAUAUCCAUUAUACUACAUUUGGGAAAUGUGGAAUUCUUAUCAGAAAGAGCGGAACAAGCGUCUAUUAAAAAUGAUAUUUCUGCUCUUUGUAGACUUUUGGGUGUUAAAGAGAAUGAUUUCAAGGCAGCUACUUUAAAACCAAAAUCUAAGGCAGGUAGAGAGUGGGUAUCACAGUCUAAAAAUGCUCAACAAUCUAGAUCCAUUCUCAACUCUUUGUCGAGAACUUUAUAUGAAAAGCUUUUUUCCUUUAUCGUUGAUAAAAUUAAUCGAAGUUUAGAUCAUGGGUCUAUGACGGCCAAUUACAUUGGACUGUUAGAUAUUGCAGGUUUUGAAAUUUUCCAAAAUAAUUCCUUUGAACAAUUGUGCAUCAACUAUACCAAUGAAAAAUUACAACAAUUUUUCAACCAUUACAUGUUUGUACUUGAACAAAACGAAUACUUGAAAGAAAAUAUUCAAUGGGAUUAUGUGGAUUACAGUAAGGAUUUACAAUCAACCAUCAAUUUAAUCGAACAAAAGGGUCCACCUACAGGUGUUCUGCCACUAUUGGAUGAGGAAUCUAUUUUGCCAAAAUCUUCAGAUGAUUCAUUUUUCUCUAAACUGAUUUCCACUUGGGAUCAAAAAUCAAAUAAAUUCAAAAGGGCUAAAAAACCUUCAUGCUUUGUACUUAAACAUUACGCAGGUGAUGUAGAAUACAAUGUCGAUGGUUGGUUGUCAAAAAAUAAGGAUCCUUUGAAUGAUCAUUUAUUAAACGUUUUAUCAGAAUCAUCUAAUGAUAUGAUCAAAUCGUUUUUCUGUGAUUCACCAAAAGUACGCGGUGGAUCAUUUAGAACCACAUCGAUACGCCAUAGGGAACAAUUAUCGUCACUACUAGACCAAUUAUCGUCAACAACUCCACAUUUUGCACGGUGCAUCAUUCCAAAUAAUAAGAAAAAGGCUAAGGAUUUUGAUAAAAAAUUAAUUUUGGAUCAAUUACGUUGCAAUGGUGUUUUAGAAGGUAUAAGGAUAGCAAGAGAAGGAUACCCCAAUCGUAUUUUCUUUAAAGAGUUUUACCAAAGAUACCAGAUCUUAGCAGACGAUUAUAAGGUUUCCAGCAGUGCUAAAAAGAACAGUGAGUUUUUACUCUCAUCAUUGCAUCUGGAUCCAUCUCUCUACAAAGUGGGGACCACAAAACUGUUUUUUAAAGCUGGGGUCUUGGCAGAUUUAGAAUCUAGAAAGGAGGAAAAAAUCUUUUCCACAGCCAUUAGACUCAACGCUCAUGUUCGCGGUGGUCAAGUACGUCUUGAAACUAACAAGCGGUUAAUGAAACUAAGGGCGGCAAGAGUUUUGGGAGAAACUUUUAAAUCUUACAACAAAAUGAUGGAAGAUCCCUGGUACAAUCUUUAUUUAAGGAUCAAACCAUUGUUAAGUUCUUCACAAGACAUUGCAAAAUCCAAGAAAGUGGCCAAACAAGUCAAAGAACUGGAGGGAAAGCUGAAAAUCACUGUAGAAGAACGCGAUAAGGCCAUAGCAACCGAAUCCUCUACCGCUAAAGACUUGGAGGAAGUUCGCCAGAUGUUAGCGGCAGAAGUGGAAAAAUUGAGUUCUCACAAAGAACAGUUAGAUGCCGCCAAGGAGCAACAAUUGUCCUUACAGAAAAAAUUAGAUGAUGCUACGAAAUUGAAAGAACAAAUUGAACAGGAAAAGCAGAAGAAAGAAGAACAACAUGAAAAGGCUUUAGGGGAACUUUUAAGUAUUAAACAGUCUUCUAACAAUGGCGAGGCUCAAAUGAAAGAAUUGGAGACUAAAAAUUCAGAACUUGCUAAGCAAGUAGAACAGUUGAAAAACCAGGUUUCAGAAAAAGAGAGGGCUUUACAUUCUUUAGAACAGUCUAAGUCUCAAGUCUCCAAGGAAUUAGUAUCGCUGAAGUCAAGGGAAUCCUCUGUUCAUGAUGAAUUACAAAAGCUUAAGUCCCAAGAAUCUGCCAUGAAAAGAGAAAUGGAAAAAUUAAGAUCUGCUGAAAGUGCAAGACGCAAAGAAUUUGAUAAGAUGAAAGCUGAUGAAACGUCAAAAGAUAAGGAAAUCUCUACUUUAAGAGGUAGGUUGAGUUCGUCUGAAAAAGACGUUAACAUUAAGUUGAACAAUCUGGAAAAGAACUGCGAAGCCGCCAUGAAACGUUUGAAGACAUUGGUUGAGGAAAACACUGAUUUGAACAAUAAAAUCUCUACCUUGGAGAAAGAAAAGAAUAAUUAUACCCGUGAUGUUAGCACCAAGGAGCGUGAAUACACUAGGAUGAGGGAAAGAAUAGAUCAACAUCAAGAAGAAAUGUCAGUAUUAGCUUCCCAAAGAGAUAAUGUCGUUGCUGAACAUGAUCAAGUAAUUCAAGAAUUGAAAGAUGCAAGAGCUCAAUUGAUGGAUUAUAAGACAAAGUUACAAAACUUGGAGAAAGAGUAUGAUGCCCUAAAAGAAAACCAAACAUUGACCAAUGGUUCCGGCCCAGAGGAGAGCAAGGUCGAAGAAUUAGAACAUCGUCUAGCGCAAGAAACUUCGCUGAAUCAUUACUUAAGCCAGAAGCUGUCAUCCCGUCCAAAUAGCUCCAGAUCAGUUACGGAGCUGGGCCCCAUGAGGGAAGAGGAAUUGAGAGAUUACCAAGAGAUGAAUAUUCAAUUGGAAGAAACCAAGCGAAACCUGGAAUUGCUGAUAGAGGAAAAGAAAGAUCUUAUUUCGAGAUUGAGAUUCACCGAGACGAGGUUGGCUUCCUCUUCUUUCGAUUCACAAUUAGCACACACUCAGGUCAAGAAAUUAAAAGAGAUGCUCCAAAACAGCAACCCAUCAAUAGAUUUGGAUAAAGAACUUCAAGACUUGAAACCUUCAGAAGUGAAUUUGGAAAAAUUAGUUUUAGAAGUGGAUCAUCUUAAGAGACAACUCGAUAUUGAGACGAAAGCUCGCUAUGAUGCCGAGAAUAUCGUGGCUGCUCUACACAAUAAAUUUAGUCAGAUUCAAAGAUCGGAUUCUUCAUCUGAUAUUUACAGGCUAAAAUACGAAGCGAGUGAGGAGCGCGCCAAAUCUCUAGAAAAUAAACUACGUCAAGUGCCGCUCAAGGAUAAGACAAAUUUACCAGGUAGCAUUUUCACGAACAGAGACAACGUCUCUAAAUAUGCUGAUGAAGUCCGUUUCCACAAGUUGGAAAACUACAAACUUCAGGAAAUACUCGUUGACUCUAAUAAGAAAAUCGCAAACUUAAACAGUGAGAUCAAACAGUUCACUUCCAGAGAGUCCUUAUUGACUGCUGAGAUUGAAAGGUUAGAGAAGGAUUUACAUUCUACUGAGGGUCAAAACCAAAUGUUAUCAGCUACUAUAAGACAACAAAGAGCACAGUUUGACAGUAUGGUUGGUGAUCUGCAUGACACAGAGUCCAAGUCUAGGGAAUACAUUCGUGCUUUAAAGCAGGCUGAAGAAGAUGUGAAAAGCAUGGCAGCUAUAAUCGAAAAUAUGAAGGCUCAUAUAAAACAAAAGGACAAGUUGAUUUGGCAGAGAGAAACUGAAAAAAAUGAACUCGAGAUGCAAUUGCAAGAGGCUUCUCUAGAACUUAAGAGAAUUCAAGACAUCAAUGAAAUGCUUGGAGCAGACUUAACCCAUUUGAAAGAAAGGUUAGCCAAAAGAGAAGAAGAUGCACAAUCCAUCGCAAUCAUUGAUAGUCUAAAACAAGAUCUUAACACUUUCAUGAAAUCUGAGACAGCAAUGAAGAAGGAAAUUUCAACUUACAGAUAUCAAUUAGAGUCCUUAGCUCACGAAUCAGAAAUCAAGCUUGAUGAGCUUUUAAAACAAGUUCAGCAUUAUGAAAAAGUUGUAGCAGCCUUGAGUAAUGAACGGGAUAUAGCUGAUGCCGCUGAGAAAGACUUAACAAAGAAACUCGAAGUCAUGAUACUUAGAACAGAUACAUUGGCAGAAACCGUUGAGGCUGUCUCUAGGGAUAAAAACCAACUUGAGGCAGAAUUGGAGAAAAUGAGAGAUGAACUGGUCAAGUCUACUGCUAAUUUUGAAGAUACAUUACAAGAGAAUCAUGAUAUUGCUAAUAAUGUCAGUUAUUUGGAAGACACAUUGAAAUUACAAAGAGACCAAAAUGCAAGAAAUGAAGCUUUGGUCAAACAGUUACAAGACGAUGUAGAUUUAUUGAAGGCAACUCUUAAGGAGGAAAAGCAAAAAUUCAUUGAGCUUGACGAAGAGAGUCAAGCUCUAGAAAAGAUAAACAAUCAAGCAAAUAACAGGAUUGAAUUCCUAGAGACUCAAUUGGCGGAUACCAGUGAGAAAGAUGCAUGGUUAUCUAAAAUGCACGAGUUGGAAAACCUGGUGACCAAGGAAACACAGGCAAAAUACGAAGAGAUGAAAAGGGUUAAAAACCUCGAAUUAUUUGUCGAAAACCUGAAAGAAAAGAAUGCUAAUCAGACUGAAAUAAUUGAUAUAGCUAAUGCCGACAAAGAACAAUUUGAUUCAAGAUUGUUGCAGUACAAUGAACAACUAAUGCUCAUGGAGAAGCACAUCUCAAAACAAGAAAUGGAUCUAAAGAAAUGUAUGCGUGAUAAUGCUAAUUACCAAAAUAAGGUAGAAGGAUUAGAAAGAGAGGUCACUUUCUGGAAAGACAGAUACGAUACGCUAGCCUCUGGUAGGAACAGCGCAAAGGCUACUCAUACUGAAGAAGUUUUCAUUUGA